AUGCUCGUUCAGGCACUCUCUGUUGCUUCCAUGACGUUUUACCCCUUCGUAACCAUUUGCCAAACAUGCCACAAGGAGAAUGUGCAAGAGGGAGUCAUGCUUAUCGUGCUAUCGAGCGCCAUUUCCUUGCUGAUCAAUACGGCGAGUCCCGUUGUCUGGUCUGUAUACACUCCUCUGUUCCUAUUCACCUGUGUUCUCUGGCUUGUAGUUUUCCUGCUUUUUGAUGUUUGUUCAAUCCUUAUUUUUGUUAUGGAAGUGGCAAGUAUCCCUAACGAAUACUUCGACACCAAAGCUUACUUUAAAAACAAAGAUCGGCAACUUUGGCUGAAAGGGUUUGUCGUGGGUCAUAGUGGGUUGCCGAUCCGCAGAAGAAAGGUGCAGCGUAAUAUGUCUACGAAGAGUAUGUUUUUUCUGAGCAUCUCUUCUGUGCUAUUGUUCACCCUUACCGUAAUCACGAUUCUUUUGGGGGCCGGCGUUAUUACCUGGGGAUAUGCUACUAUCUGUCCAGAGGGAUUCAACCUGCCAAACUGUGAAAGGAUGGACUUCUUGGACACAUACAUUUGGCAAGGGAACAAAAAGUACAAGAUUGAUAGUCACGAGUGCUACUACGGCGUCGCGUUCCGAACGUGGGCGCCGAUGGCUAGUGCGGUUUCAGUCAUUUUUUCAAAUAGCACGCAUACUCAUGUAUAUCCGAUGACUCAACAGUAUGAUGGCUGCUGGUUUACCAAUGUGUGCGAUGCGAGUGUGGACGACACCUAUUACUUUCAGUACAUUUCAAAAGCCAGUGAUCGUCGCUGCCCGCGUCUCUCGAUUGGUGCGAAGGAGAUUUUGUUCUUUAACGAGCCUGGGCAGGUCAAUCGCAUCUCCUCCUCGUAUUCCGCAGAAAAGCUCUCUCUCUUCAAUUUUGAGGAAGCCAUCGUCUACCAGGUGUUUCUCCCCGCCUUCCUCGGAAAGGAAGACACGGACUACUACCUCCGCCAGCUCACCUACCAGAUCAACUACUUCGCGAAUCUGGGCAUCACCACGCUGGAGCUCUUCCCGAUCGAGCAGUACAGCUGCGACAGCGAGAUUCCGAACUGCUGGAGCGAGUUCGGCACCAUCACGCAGCUCCGCGAGUUCGUCGUCACCGCCCACACCAAGAACAUCCGCGUGCUUCUGGACGUCAGCUGGGCCUUGUUCGAUUCCAGGUCGCUGCUCUACGACAUCGACUGCAACGGCUCGUGGGGGAGUUUCUUCCAUUCCGAGGCGUCGUCUCUGAUUGGCGAACGCCGUCGCCUGGACUUCAACCUCAUGAAGCAGUCCGGGAACUACAUUGAGAAGAUCGUGAGCCAGUGGCGGAACGAGGCGGGCGUGGACGGCGUGGUGUGGCUGGAUUCGGGCUGCCUUUUCUACGGGGGAAAGCACUGCAAGCAAGGCUAUGGGAGCACCGAUUACGACGCCAUUUCGGUCAUUCAGCAGAUCCGCGAUGCGAGCGAUUAUCUCCAUGUCGGUUUCCCCGGUUUCUCCCAUUCUAGAUCGGCGAUUCGGCGGACCCUCUCUCGUCCCGGCUGUUCUCCGCGCACCACCACGGCGCAGUCGCUCUUCUCGGAGUCUCCGCUCAGCGUUGCGAAGAUUUCUUCCUUUCUCUCCGAGUUGAAUCGCUAUCCUAAGAGCGUGCUCUGCUUCGAGGACCGCGCUACCGCCCACACGCGCUUCGUCGAUGCGUCCUUCUCCACGGAGCGUCUUCGGCGCCAGGCGUUGGCCGUGGGGAUCAUGAUGCUGGGUCCCACGGUGCCCUGCCUCUUCAUGGGCACCGAAUUCUUUACCGAGCAGAACUUCACCGCGGUUCCCGACGAAUUGAAUUGGAGCUUCAUGAACCCCGAGGACAAACACCACGGGUUCCUGCAGAUGACCGCGGAGCUGAUUCGAAUUCGGCGGGAUUUCAUGAUCGCUGGGGGGAACUUGAUGGUUCAUGGACACGAUUUGGAGCGAGGCAUCGUGCUGUUCUCCGUGGAGAAGGACGACGUUACGCUGUUCUGCGUGCUGAAUCUGUCGGAGAAUUCGAUUGGCUCGGGGGAGAUGAUCUCGUUGCCGAUGACGAUCAGCGGCCAGCUGGAACCCGCCUUUACGACGGAGAGCUCGGUGUGGUAUCCGCAGUUUGAGGACGAGAACGAAAAUAUUCGUGUGGAGCUUUGUCCUGAUGAAGAGAGAGUCUAUUGUUUGUAUGCAUCUGUACAUUAUCACUCGCUACGCGUAUUCAAAGUAAUUUAA